AUGGAAGCAACCAUUAAAGUGGUACUACUAGGCGAUUCUUCAGUGGGGAAAACAAGUGUAGUAACUAGGCUCAAAUCAGGCAAGUUUCUAGCAAAACAUGCGGCUACGAUAGGUGCGGCGUUCAUCACCAAGACAAUUGAAAUUCCUUCUGACGACACAACUACAGAUAAACGUAUCCAUAUGGAGAUAUGGGACACAGCAGGCCAAGAACGGUACAAAUCACUAGUACCAAUGUAUUACCGAGAUGCAAAUAUCGCUUUGCUUGUAUUUGAAUUAGGUGAUAUAUCCAGUCUGCAGUGUGCAAAAACAUGGUUUCAAGACUUGCAGGACCGUGCGCAAGGAACGCAAGUUAUCCUCGUUGGCAAUAAGUAUGACUUGGUCCGCGAAGAGCACUUAGACGAAGUGACUAUACCGGCAGAAUUACAGGAUCUACCGUAUGUUCUCGUCAGUGCAAAGACCGGGUACAAUUUCGAUACGUUAAAUGGGAUAAUAAUCAGUCUGGUUCCUGAAAGUCAAUUCAAGAGACUGUUGAAGGACGAUGAACAGGGGAAUAAAUUAGAAAUAAGCAAGAAAAAAAGUGGCGGUAGUUGCAUAUGUUAA